GGCCGUUCAUUUCACUCGAUUCACUCAUUCUUUUCACUCCUCUCGCGAGGUAGCUCGGCUUCGUUGUGGAUGCCGCUAGGGUUUUGCGGCGUGCUAGCUAGGGUUUUCCCGGGGGCCGGAGGAGCAUGGCGCUGCGCGAGCGCCGGCGGCGCCUCUCUAUCGCUCCGCGGGAUUCGUGAUUCGUGAUUUGCCCGGAUUUCAUCUCUCGACGGUCGGCAGCGUGAAAUAUCGGCAUCGGGAGCUGGCUGCUGGGGUUUGGCUAGAUUCCACGAGGGGCUCGCUGGCCGAUCUGCUCCGGGAGCCGGGCGGCGCGAUCUGCGAGUCGCAUCGCACGAGUCUUUUCGCCGGGGCUUUAGGCACAGAUCCGAGAGGCUUUUGAGCAUCCGGUGAUCUGUGGAUCUCCAGCGGCAAUGGGGAACUGCUGCGCGACGCCAGGUAUCAAGAGGAAGGAGCGAAAGCCCAAUCCUUUUGCUCAGGAUGGAUUCAAGGGGACCGGGCCGCCCAAGGUGAUAAUGAAGGAGCAUGCGCCGGGAAUGUCCGUCCAGCAGGGAGUGGACAUCAACGAGAAGUACGUUCUCGGCAAGGAAUUGGGCCGCGGAGAAUUUGGCAUCACCUAUCUGUGCACGGGCAAGGAGAGCCAGGAGGAUCUAGCUUGCAAGUCCAUCUCCAAAUCCAAGCUCCGGACGGCAGUGGACAUCGACGACGUGAGGAGGGAGGUCCAGAUCAUGCACCACUUGCCGCGGCAUCCCAAUGUGGUGGCGCUCAAGGAUGUUUUCGAGGAUGGCAAUGCUGUCCACCUGGUGAUGGAGCUCUGCGAGGGAGGGGAGCUGUUCGACAGGAUCAUUGCACGCGGCCACUACAGCGAGAGGGCGGCUGCCGGGAUCACGAGGACCAUCGUGGAGGUCGUGCAAGUCUGCCACAAGCACGGCGUCAUGCACAGGGAUCUCAAGCCGGAGAACUUCCUCUUCGCGAACAAGAAGGAGAACUCGCCACUGAAAGCGAUCGACUUCGGGUUGUCCGUCUUCUUCAGGCCGGGAGAGAGGUUCUCGGAGAUUGUGGGGAGCCCAUACUACAUGGCACCCGAAGUUCUCAAGCGGAACUAUGGGCCGGAGAUCGAUGUGUGGAGCGCGGGUGUGAUCCUUUACAUUCUGCUGUCGGGAGUCCCACCAUUUUGGGCCGAGUCGGAGCAGGGUGUGGCGCAGGCUAUUCUUCGCGGCCAGAUCGAGUUCAAGCGGGACCCGUGGCCAAAGAUAUCUGAGAACGCGAAGUCGCUCGUGCAAAACAUGUUGAUGCCGGAUCCAAAGCAACGCUACACGGCUCAGCAGGUCCUCGAUCACCCGUGGCUGCAAAACGCGAAGAAGGCGUCGAACGUUCCACUGGGGGACGUCGUGAGGAACAGGCUGAAGCAGUUUUCAGCGAUGAACAAGCUCAAGAGGAAGGCCCUGCAGAUGAUCACGGAGCUUCUGUCGGGUGACGAGGUCGAGAGCUACAAGGACAUGUUCAAGGUGAUGGACCAGAAGAAUGAGGGCAGCAUCACGUACGACGAGCUCAAGGUUGGCCUGGCGAAGAUUGGCUCGCAGCUGGCGGAGAGCGAGGCGAAGCUGCUGAUGGAAGCGGCGGACGUGAAUAACAAGGGGACGCUUGACUACCAAGAGUUCGUGGCCAUGAUGAUCCACAUACAGAGGAUGGACAAUGAUGAGUACCUGCGGAAGGCUUUCAACCGGCUGGACAAGGACGAGAGCGGAUUCAUUGAGAAGGAGGAGCUUCGAGAAGCUCUGUACGAUGAUCGUGGGGCCAGCGAGACGGAGAUGAUCGACGACAUCCUCCAGGAGGUUGAUCUGGACAAGGAUGGCAAGAUAAGCUAUGAGGAGUUUGCGUCGAUGAUGCGGACUGGAACCGACUGGCGGAAGGCUUCGAGACAUUACUCGAGAGGACGGUACAACAGUCUGAGCAUUCGUCUACUCAGGGAUGGUUCGCUCCAGUCUGGAAACUACGAGAAGCGGUGACAGGCUAAAGCUCUCUUCUUCUUCUUCUUCUUCUUCCCUUGAACGAUGCGGCGCGCGUAGUAUUCUGGGUUCUCAUUUUCCAACCCUCUGGGAGGCUCACAACAAAGCGUAAGAUCGUGAUUUCGAGCACUUUCAGCUAAGUUUUCAAGUGUAGUGUUCUUUAUUUUUUUUUUCCUUUCAGGAUGUGGUAGUCGGCUGACUGUUACUCUUACAACUUCUAUUGUACCAUAGCUUUGAAACACCAGAAAUGACAACAUCUUUUGAGACCA